AUGGCAAGAAUCAAAUAUGGGAAGCUCAGAUCUAGUAUGGAAACAUCACAAGCAUGUAAGUUGAAGCCCAAAAAUGGAAAUGGAAAUGGAAACGCAAACUUACCUAAUCCGAGGAGAGAAGUGGAUCGGGAGAGAGAUAGACGAGAUCUGAGACGAGGGAGACAGAUUCGAGGCUCGGGAAGCUUACCGGAGAGUUCGUUGGAGCUGAGAGCAAUGGGUGUUACAGCGGCGACGGAUAAGGCGCUCAUCAAUAUGGAUGAACCAAAUAAAGUUGUUUUGAAUGGUGAAGCAUUUGCGAGGAUGCACAAACUAAGAUUGCUACAACUGAAGAAUGUCGACAUCACUAGAGGCUAUGAACAUCUUCCUAAAAGUUUGAGAUGGCUAUGCUGGCAUGGAUUCCCUCUAAAUUCUAUACCAAGUAACUUGUAUCAAGAGAAAUUAAUUGGUUUUGACAUGCAACAUAGCAACCUAGAACAAGUUCGGAAGGACAAGAAGGUUUUUGGAAAGUUGAAAAUGCUUGAUCUAAGUCAUUCCCAUUUUUUGACCAGAAUCACUACCGACUUCUCAACACUCCCAAACCUUGAGAAAAUGAGACUUGAAGAUUGUAGGAGUUUGAAAAUGAUUGACGAAUCCAUUGGAAGUCUAGAUAAACUCUGGUCCCUAAGCCUGAAACAUUAUGCAAACCUUAGGAAUCUCCCAAGGAGCAUCUGUAUGUUGAAAUCUCUUAAAAUUCUUCAGCUCUCUGGGUGCCUGAAAUUAGACAAAUUGCCUGAGGAGAUUGGGGAAAUCAAAUCGUUAAGUCUGCUUUGUGCUUCCCGAACUGCUAUAAGACAAGUACCAGUUUCCAUAGUGCGUGUAAAGAACCUUCGAUUUUUGUCUCUAUCUGGUAGUAAAGGAUCACCAUCCAUGUCCAUGUCCAUGUCAUUACCGAAUUCGUUGUUGGGGUUAACCUCUCUAACGAGAUUGAGGCUCCAUAAUUUUUCAACGGUUCUGAACGACAUCGGGAGUCUAUCCUCGUUAAGAUAUUUGGAAUUCGUUGACAAAGAUUUGUACAGUAUACCAGCUAUCAAGAGACUUUAUAACCUUCAAGUCCUCGUUUUGUACCAUUGUAGAAACCUUGGAUCACUUCCAGAGCUUCCAUCAAGUUUGAUCAUUCUACAUGCUUCACAUUCAUCAAUGGAAAGAUUUCCGGAUCUAUCAAACUUCUCACGCCCCCCAUUGACGUGUCUAUUGAAUUCCAGCAAACUAGUUGAGUUCCCUUGCACAGAGAAUGUACUACAGAAAUGGUAUGGAAGAUAUGGAGGUACUAGACCCGAUGACAUUAUAUUCUCCUGCUGUGAAAUUCCUGAUUGGUUCAGUAAUCAGAGGUCGGGUAAUGUAUUGUCACUUCAAGUGCCUCAAAAUAUGAGUAUGAUGAAAGGCUUGGUUUUAAGUGUUAUACAUGUAGCACAUGAUUUCAAAAUUGUCGAGAGACCAACAAAAUAUAUUGUUAGUGUUACUAAUGUAACCCAGGAUUUUUGUGCUCCCUGUAUCCGUUAUCGGAUUUAUUGUGGAUUCCCAACCCCACAUGACCACCUAGUGUUGAGCUAUGUACCCCUUGAAAAAUUUGAGGUGGAUUGUGGAGAUGAAGUGAAAAUUGAAAUAGAUGCUUGUUGUGGGUUGAUUGUGAACAAGUGUGGGGUCAUCCCGGUGUAUAUUGGAGCUAAGAAGCGUACCAAAAUGGACACUGAAGAAGAAGUGGUGAAUGAGUUCAAUUCUUCAUCUGGUAAUGAUGGUGUCAUGGUUGUCCAAGACCAAGGACACCUAUGCAAAGGGCAUAAGGGUAAGAGAAAACACGAUGACGAUGACGAGGCAGGACUCAGCCAUGCGGGGGUGAAGGGUAAAAGAAAAUGCAACGGUGCAGCAUCAAGACCAAGCCAUUACUGGUCUUAUGAGGAGCCCACUCUUUCCACAUAUGAGAGGGUGGUUGUUCCUCCAAUCAGAAUGCAGUGUUGGAGAGAAUUUUUUAGACAUUGUUAUUGA